AUGAGCCCUCAACUCCAUAAUACUGUGCUCAUCAGUCAUCUCUUCUCUAAUACACCUAAUGAUGAAGACAAUGGAAAUUUGCCAUCCAGCUUCACUGAAUAUUUUAGGAACUAUAAGGCAGAAACCAAAAUCAUUUCUGAGGAAACCACCCGUUCAAUAGAGUUAUGCCUGAAAAAGGGAGACCUUCAGAGGGCAAAAUCUGUAAUCAGUGAUGCAUUAAGAGUUAUUGAUAAUGCCCCAAUAAAUAUUGCUGUGACAGGAGAGUCUGGAUCAGGGAAGUCCAGCCUCAUCAAUGCCCUGAGAAAGGUUAAACACUCAGGGGGAAGUGCAGCUGAAGUAGGGGUAAUAGAGACAACCAUGAAGAUAAAGUCAUACGAACACCCCAAAGUCAAAAAUUUGAUUUUAUGGGACCUGCCUGGUAUUGGAACCCCUAAAUUUCAACCACACAAUUAUCUAGAAAAAGUAGAGUUCAAAAAGUAUGAUUUCUUCAUUAUUGUUUCUUCAACACGAUUUAAACAACACGAAAUAGACCUCGCCAAAGCAAUCAGAAUUAUGAAAAAGAAUUACUACUUUGUGAGAACCAAGGUGGACUCUGAUCUACAAAAUGAAGAGAAAUGUCAUCCACAAAACUUUGACAGAAAAAACACCCUGAAACAGAUCCGAAAUUACUGUCUGAAUAACUUUACAGGGAGUAAUAUUGGUGAACCUGAGGUUUUCUUGAUCUCUAACUAUGAUUUAUCUGACUAUGAUUUCCCAGUCCUGAUGGACACCCUGAUUAAGAACCUUCUUGCUGAGAAGCGCCACAAUUUCCUGCUUUCCAUGCCUAAUAUUACUGAGGCAGCCAUUCAAAAAAAGUACAACUCUACUAAGCAGUAUAUCUGGUUGAAUGCCCUGAAGGAUGGAGUUUUUGCAACUGUUCCUGUAGUGGGCAUUUUAAGUGACAUGGAUAUAGAGAAGCUGAAGAAGCGUUUAAACUUCUACCAAGACCUCUUUGGAGUAGACGACGAAUCCCUCACAUUCAUGGCUAAGGAUGCCCAAGUGCCUGUUGGACAACUGAAAAAAAAACUUAAAUCUCCUUAUUUAUUGGAAUUUAAAAAAGAGGAAACAUUAGGAGGAUUGCUUUUGAAGUGUUUGGAGAAAUUUGCCUCUGCUAAUGGUGGGCUCCUGGCAACAGGUCUUUACUUCACGAAAACCUAUUACUUAGAAUUUCAUUUUCUUGAUACAGUGGCUGAAGAUGCCAAAGUUCUCCUUAGAGAAGCAUAUUCAAAAAAAUAG